GGACUUUGUGAAAUAUCCACCAAUACUCCGAUACUCGUCCCCAGAUUUUUCUUUAAUUUUGUUAUAAAAUGCUCAAUAUUUAUUAAAAUCGUUUUUGUAGAAAUAAAUUACUAAUUAGUAUAGUUAAAAAUGAUUUAAGUAUUAUAUUGUUUGUUUUCACGCUUAAGUGUUUUUGAAACUGUUUUCCUUUAUUUUUAGCCCCUGCAGCCAGAAAAGUGUAAUGAUAAUAUUAUAAUACCUAUUAUUAUUAUAACAUUAUAAUAAUUAUAGGGACCGGACUUAUAUGCAAAUGCAUAAAUGUAUUGAAAUAAGCUUUUUGAAAUCUGAUGAGAAUGUUCCCCGAUUUAGAUUAUUCUUAUUAAAAUAAAGCUAAUUGUAUUUUGCAUAUUUCAACGUUUUUACUUAUUAAAUGCAUAUUUUGUAGUUUUAUAGUGUAUAUUAUUAAUUAUAAAGCACAUAUAUUUGUUUUUCGUCAUAUUUUCACGUUCACAGCCACAUAUAUCGAUAAAAUUAUGACCGGUAAUUAUUGCCAAAGAUUAGAUGAAAUACUCAUAUGCGAUAAAUAUAUAAUAUAUUACAUUAUAUAGAAAAAUUCGUAUGCAUUAAACAACUUCUGAACAUCAAGUGCAAUAAGGUUAAAAAUGGACGCUGUGGGUAGCAAAGAAAAACAGCUACCAAAUCCACGAGCCAAAGCAAAUAUCUUCGAAAUUCUUACAUUCAGCUGGAUAUUAAACCUGUUUAAAACUGGACAAAAGAGAGAUUUGGAGAUCAAUGAUUUAUACGAUCCACUUAACAAUGACAAGUCAUCACUAUUAGGAUUAGAAAUUGAAAAGAUAUGGAAAAUCGAGAUUGUUAAUGCAAAAAAAACAAAUCGGGAACCUAGUUUAUCGAGAGUUUUAGUUACAAUGUUUGGUGGAAGUUUUUUGUACUAUGGGAUAAUACAAAUGUUCAUUGAAACUAUGUUAAGAAUAACUCAACCUUUACUCAUUGGUGGACUAUUAGCAUAUUUCAACCACGGUGGAUCCAAAAUCAUAGACACUAAACAUGCAUACAUGUAUGCAUCUGGUCUGUUGUUAAACAUGUUGGCUAACAUAGUGUUGUAUCAUUAUUCGCAAUUGGAAAUGCUACACAUUGGAAUGAAGAUCCGUGUUGCUUGCUGUUCAAUAAUAUAUAAAAAGGCAUUAACAUUAAGUAAAACUUCUCUCUGUGAAACAACAGUCGGUCAAGUAGUAAAUUUGAUAUCAAACGACGUAAACCGAUUCGAUAUGACAUUAAGAUUCAUACAAUUUUUAUGGAUCGGACCUCUACAAACUAUUUUGGUCACAUAUUUUUUGUGGCAAGAAAUAGGCGUAUCGUCAAUAGUUGGAGUAGCUGUAUUUCUCGCGUUUGUUCCAUUACAAGGAUGGUUGGGGAAGAUGACGUCUGACUAUCGGUCAAAAACGGCUCCGAGGACUGACGAAAGAGUAAGACUAAUGAACGAAAUAAUAUCAGGCAUACAAGUGAUUAAGAUGUACACAUGGGAGAAACCUUUUGCAUUGCUUGUACAAUAUGCAAGAAAAAUGGAAAUCAAACAGAUCAGAGGAACAUCGUGGAUUAGAGUUUUUUUGCAAUCAUUCAGAAUAUUCCAUUUUAGAUUUGCGUUGUUCAUAAGUAUUUUUUCAUAUGUAUUAUUAGGAAAUUACAUUAAUACGCAACAAGUUUUCGUUAUAAUCUCGUAUUACAAUUUAUUGAUGACAACAAUGACAGUAUUUUUCCCUCAAGGUAUUAUAACACUAGCUGAGAUGCUGAUAUCCAUUAAACGCAUUCAAUCAUUUUUAUUACAAGAUGAAAAGGACAAGCAUAAUGAACAUCUGUCAUUGAAAUCAGAAACAAAAUCGACAAAUGGCGUAGAAAUGUCAAACAUUAAUAGUAAAAAUUGUAUAGAAAAUACAGCUGAAAAUGAAGAAGGUAUCGACAAAUUGGGAAAUUUUGGAAUCGACAUUUUAAACGCCUCGGCCAAAUGGAUACUUAAGCAACCAGAUAACUCUUUAAAUAAUAUUAAUUUAACCGUUAGACCUGGACGGUUGGUUGCAAUCAUUGGGCCCGUAGGAGGCGGAAAAAGUUCAUUGAUUCAAACGAUUUUACGAGAGUUACCCCUUUGUGAAGGAAGUAUUUCCGUGCGCGGCACAGUAUCAUACGCAUCUCAAGAACCUUGGUUGUUUCACGGUUCAAUUCAACAAAAUAUACUUUUUGGUUCGCCAAUGGAUCAUAAUCGUUACAAAGAAGUUAUAAAAGUAUGCGCAUUGAAAACCGAUUUUAAACAACUUCCUUAUGGUGACAGAUCUUUAGUAGGUGAAAGAGGAGUGUCUCUUAGUGGUGGUCAACGAGCGAGAGUAAAUCUAGCAAGAGCUGUAUAUAAGCAAGCUGAUAUUUAUUUAUUGGACGACCCUUUGUCAGCUGUUGAUACACACGUUGGAAAACAUAUAUUUGAAAAAUGUAUUAAGGGUUACCUCAAAGAGAAAACUUGUAUACUUGUUACUCACCAAAUACAAUACUUGUCAAAUGUUGAUCAAAUUAUAUUGAUGGAAAAUGCAAAUAUAUUAGUCGAAGGUUCGUAUCAGGAACUUCAAUCUUCUGGCUUAGACUUUACAAAAUUACUUAGGUCAUCGGAGGAAACAUCAACUGAUAGUGAUAUUAAUAUAAAAAAUGCAACUGAUAACAGUUUAGAACAACUUUCCGAUUUAUCUCGACAAGGGUCUAUUAAAAGUGUUGCGUCAUCUGUUGACGAGAACAAAUUAAACGGAGCUCAAAAAGAACCCACCGUAGUGGCCGAAACAAGGUCUUCCGGAAACGUUUCACGUAGUGUUUAUUUGUCUUAUGUUGUUGCUGGAGGAAAUAUUUUUAAAAUAUCAUUUUUAUUAUUUGUGUGCAUUUUUACACAAGUUCUCGGUACUGGUGGAGAUUAUUGGAUAAGUUAUUGGGUUUAUCUGGAAGAUCACAUUUUUCCUAAUGCAGAGAGUAAAUCUACAAAUAUCAGCAAUUUUAUAACUUACCUAUUAUUCGAUACACCUUGGAUAAUAUCUCGCCAGUUUUGUGUUGUAAUAUACGCUAUUUUAAAUUUAACUUUGAUAAUAGUUAUUUUCAUAAGAUGUGCUAUGUUUGUAUCAGUCCUAAUGGGCACCUCUAUGAAUCUACAUAACAAUAUGUUUAACGCUAUCACAAGAGCCACAAUGUAUUUCUUCAAUACAAAUUCAUCGGGUCGAAUUCUAAACCGCUUUACUAAAGACAUUGGUGCUAUUGAUGAAAUAUUACCAAUACCUUUAUUGGAUUUUGUUCACAUAGCAUUGCAACUUAUAGGAACUCUUAUUGUGGUUGGUAUAGUGAACAUUUAUCUUCUCAUACCGACAUUCAUCGUAGGUUUGAUGUUUUAUUAUACUGUAAAUUUUUAUCUAUCGACAUCACGUAGUAUCAAACGUUUGGAAGGUGUUACCCGAAGUCCCGUGUAUGGAUAUUUGAAUGCAUCGCUUCAAGGAUUAUCUACUAUCCGAGCGUUUAAAGCCGAGGAUAUUUUAUGCAAAGAAUUUGAUGAACACCAAGAUUUACAUUCUUCGACUUGGUAUUUGUUUAUUACUUCAAGUGAAGCAUUUGGAUUUUCGCUGGACAUGAUAUGUUUAGUGUAUAUAUGUAUAUUAACUUACAGUUUCUUACUCGUAAACAAUGGUAUAUUUGGGGGAGAUGUUGGAUUGGUUUUAACUCAAUUAAUUUGUAUGACGGGUUCUCUCCAGUGGGGAAUAAGACAGUUAGCUGAAUUAGAUAAUCAAAUGACGUCUGUUGAGAGAGUACUUGAGUAUACAAAUGUCCCGCAAGAAGCUCCUCUCGAAUCUUCUCCGGAUAAAAAACCACCAAAAGAAUGGCCAGAUAAAGGUCAAAUCGUGUUUGAAAAUUUUUAUCUACGUUAUAGUUUGGACGCGGACCAUGUUUUAAAAAAUCUCAAUAUUCAAAUUCAGCCAAUGGAAAAAAUAGGAAUUGUUGGUCGAACUGGUGCAGGUAAAUCGUCAUUGAUUGGAGCGUUAUUUAGACUUGCUCUGAAUGAGGGAAAUAUCACUAUCGACGGUAUAGAAAUACACGAAUUAGGAUUACACGAUUUGCGUUCCAAAAUUUCAAUAAUUCCUCAAGAACCAGUUUUGUUUUCGGGAUCUAUGCGAAAAAACCUAGAUCCUUUAGACGAAUACCCAGAUCAUGCGCUUUGGAAUGCUUUAGAAGAAGUAUAUCUUCUCGUUUAUAAUAAUUUGCAAAUACAGUUAAUUUUUUUUAUUUACGUAAUAUUACUAUUUAAGGUGGAACUUAAAACCGUCGUAGAGGAUUUGCCCGACGGUCUAAACUCAAAAAUGUCUGAAGGAGGAUCUAAUUUCAGCGUUGGUCAAAGGCAAUUAGUGUGUUUGGCUAGAGCUAUAGUGCGUAGUAAUAAACUCCUCGUGCUGGAUGAGGCCACUGCCAAUGUCGAUUCACAGACCGAUGCGUUGAUUCAAUAUACGAUUAGAAAUAAAUUUCGGUCGUGUACAGUGUUAACGAUCGCUCACCGUUUGAAUACAGUUAUGGAUUCUGACAGGGUGCUUGUUAUGGACGCUGGAACAAUGGUCGAAUUCGAUCACCCUUAUAACUUGUUGAAAAAUAAAGAUGGGGUUUUGUACAAAAUGGUAGAACAAACUGGAACCGAAACGUCUGAAUUGUUACAUAGUAUAGCAGCUGAGAGCUAUACGACCACGAAGAAUCAACAGUAAAACGAAUCCUCGAUGAUAAAUAUUUAUAAUUAUUUUUGAUAUUUAAAAUUCUAUUUAUUUAUUUACUAAAAUAACACAUUAGGUUGCUCUAUCAUACGUACAUGUGUACAACAAUUUAAUGACUUAAAUUGCGUUGAUACUUACCAAAAUAAUAAUACAAUUAUUUACGUAAUAUAUGAAAAAAAUCAAAAAAUA